CAUGCUUUAUGAUUCUAAAACUAUUUUUAGUCUAAUAUACAGUAUGUAUAUAUAGAUACACACCCUCUCUUUGUCAGUAAGCAGCACAUCACAGACUGGUUAGAUCUUACCAGACAUUUAAAACCAAAUCAUCAUCAAGCUUGCACUGGAGCUCGAGCUCUCGAAGCUCCGCCCUCUUCCCUGGAGCACCAGCUCAUUUGCAUUAAAGGGGAAGACACGAAAUGGUUUCGCUCUUGAAAUGGAAAGCGGAAAACAGUGGGUAAUGCUUGUAGCUGGUUCCAAGGGAUGGAACGAUUACAGGCACCAGGCCAACGUCUGUCAUGCCUAUCAUAUGAUGCAUCAGAAUGGGAUUCCCGAUGAUCAGAUUGUGGUGAUGAUGUAUGAUGAUAUCGCUUAUAAUGAUAAAAACCCUUAUCGCGGAAACAUUAUCAAUAAGCCCAACGGACCGAAUGUGUAUCCGGGGGUUCCGAAAGAUUAUACUGGAAAGGAUGUGACGCCUGAAAACUUCCUGGCUGCUCUCAAAGGCAAUAGACAUGCUGUGAAAAAGAGAAAUCCAAAAGUCAUUACAAGUGGAAGAAAAGACACAAUAUUCAUCUAUAUGACAGAUCACGGAGCUCCAAGCCUGUUUUGCUUUCCUAACAACAGCUCCCUUUAUGCUUCUGAUCUCAUUGAAACUAUCAAGGAAAUGGCGAGGGAUAGGAAGUUCUCAAAGAUGGUGAUAUACAUGGAAUCCUGUUAUUCUGGCUCAAUGUUCACCCAACUCCCCAACAAUAUUCAUGUGUAUGCUGUGACUUCCACUAAACCAGGAGAUAAAGGUUACGCAUGUUAUAAAGACACUAAGAGGCAGACAUAUCUCUCUGAUGAAUUCUCAGCCGUUUGGAUGCACUACAGUGAAAAGGAAAACCUUGAUAAAGUUACAUUCCAGGAUCAGUUCGAUUAUCUUCAGAACAAGAUGCAGAAAUCUUGCCCCUGUCAAUUUGGGGAUAUGACAAUUGGUAAGCGUCCAAUCAGUGAGUUUUUGAAAAACACCCCUCAAACAAUCCGACAGACGAUUAAAGCGCAGAUGUUGGUGUUAACGGAUUUAACAUCUAACCACGAAGUCACAUUCAAAAUUUUGAUGCUCCAAAUAAGAACAGAAACUGAUGCAGGCAGGAGACAAGUUCUGAUCAGAAAAUAUGAAGCUCUUGACAAGGCUAGAGAUAAAAUUGAAGGAACGAUUGAAACCAUCAAUCGGCAUUUCUUUCCAGAAGUUGUUGUUGAGGAUGGAUUGGUUGGGUAUUAUAGAUCUUCAAGAGAUUUAUUUGCUUUUAAAACUGUCGCUGAGCAUUUCAGGACAACCCGUUUUAACUGGCAUGAGGAAGAGUUUCUGAUCACCUUGUCCUACAUGCAUGUAUUUGCUCGACUCUGUGCAAGUGGGAUUGGAGCUAAGAGAAUCAUAGAUGUCAUAACAGCAGCCUCCGGGUGAAUGUGUGUUCCAGUGUGAUCUAAACAGCAUUUUUAUGAGAAGUUUAUAAAAAAUUGUUAUUACUGUUCUGGAAAAAGGCUAAUGCUCCCGUUGACAAACUAUGGCUUAAAGAAUUGAUAUCUACUCUGCAGUUGGAAUGAAACCGUUCCCUAUCUGUCAGUCAAUAUGAGUUAUGUCAUGAUGACAGACUGGGGUCUUGCUUGGAGCAAUGAUUAGCUCUGAUUAAGAAAACGUCAAUGAAAUUUGGCAGUUGCUUAACUAAUCCUGACCCACUCUCUAUCACACGGGUAUAAAUAGGCAACAGGUGUAACCACUUUUCGGCUUUUUGCUUCAGAGCCGAGCGUUUUUGCAUGACUGCCAAGCAAAAGCUCUCUGCUACAAAUGAGGAAAAGUUGGAGACAGAAGUUGUUCCUGGUGGCAUUACAACACGAUCAGGGGUGUUCCUGUUCAUCAGCGAUUGCCCUGGGUGUUUCACGAAAAGAGCAAUUUCAGAACACAGUUGUUUUUAAAAAUGCCCUUUUGACUGUGUCCUCUUGGGGGUGGUUGUUCCUUCUGGAGUUAGACUCAGUAAAUAUGACAGCACAACUUUCAGAAGAACGCGCUCAGUUGAUGCUGAACUGCCUGAGUUCCCUCGGAGGCAGGACAGUGUUGCCACUGAAACAUUUAUGAGUCUCCAUGUUGAGCCAGUUUCUUCCCUUGUGCUGGGUAACAGGUAGUUGGUGGGAAGCACUGACCACUGUCAUGCUUGCUGUGCCAUUCCCUUAUUUAGGGAUGCAAGCACCUAUUCCUCUUCCAGUAAGUUCCUCAUACAGCAAACCCUGGUUGAGUAUCCUUCAGCACCCCUGGCCGUCAGACCAAGUACGGUCAGCCCUCGUACUUGGCUUAGUCUCCAUCUUGCUGAUUAGCUACUGGUAAUCACAUGUGUGUAUAUUUCCACGGUAAGGUUUCCCCUUCUGUAAACAUGUGUUUUCCCUUUGACAGUCUCCACUGUCUGUCUCUGCUAUCAGUUUAUUCCUCUCCUUCCUUUGGUAGGACCUGUUGCAGAGGCUAAGCUUCUAUGUUGCACUGCACCAGACCACCAGACCAGAGUCAGUCCACAUCAGUGUUUCCCUGUCACCUCCUUUUGGUAGGAUGUGGUCUCCGCAGUGUCCUUUUUUCAGAAGGCUUGCUUCCUCUUUGAU